AUGACAUCCAGUAAUAAUAGUACUAAACUUUCUAAUUUAUCUGUUCAAUGGGAAUGGGAAGGUGAUAAAGGUAUUUGGCAACAACAUCCAAUAGAUAUUCAACAAAAAAUUUCUCAAGCAUUUGAUAAUGGAAAUAGUGAAGUUACUGUUAAUCAAACAGAAGAGAUAAUUAUGAUAAUUAAAUUUCAUGAUAUGGUACAAAUAAAUCAGAAAACAAAAUUUAUGCGUCGUAUACGUUUUUGUAUGGAAUUAAAAGAUAAAAAUGGUUUUUUUACAUACGAAUAUGAAAAUGAAAAUAAAAAAUGGUUUUCUUAUAAUGCUGAAAUAAUGAUUAAAAUAGCAAAUGCUAUUGAAAAUGAUCAAACAAUAUUAUCAAUUAAUUAUCAAAAUCAAUCAUAUGAUAUUGAUCUUGAUAAAUUAAUCGAAACAAAUUUAAAUACAAAAGCUAUUCGAAAAAUACAUUGUGUUAAAUCAAUGGCAAAAUUACCAUUGAAUGUUUCAACAAUAUCAAAUAAACGAUCAUUAGAUAAUAAUGAAAGUGUAGAAAAUAAUAAGAAAAAACGUAGCAUAUCAAAAUCAACUCCAAUAGAGAAAAGUGCAAUGCGUACUGUGACAACAGUUGUUGGAAAAGUACCUGUUGAUUCUGAAUGUGUAUCAAUGUUAGGAAAAGUUCAUGUUUAUUGUGAUAAUAAUGAUGUAUUUGAUUGUAUGCUUAAUCAAACAAAUGUUGGAAAUAAUAAUAAUAAAUUUUAUUUAAUUCAAUUACUUGAAGAAAAUAAUAGUAAAAAAUAUUAUGUGUGGUUACGUUGGGGACGAGUUGGAUAUAAUGGACAAAAUAAUUUAGAACAUUUUGGUUGUGAUUUAGAUGAAGCAAAAAGAUUUUUUUGUCAAAAGUAUGCAAUUUCAAAUUUUAAUUCGUUAUAAUAUCAAACAGAGGUCUCAUGAUUGAUUAUCAAAUGUACAAAUAUAAUAUGUUGAAUAAUAUUUAAAACGGAUAGAGCAUAAAUGAUUCCGACUAAUUGUAAAUGCAAUUUUAAAAUUACUUACUAUUCAUGUGUAUUUUGUGAAACAUAUUCCAUUGCGGUUCAACAGUUAUGUAGUCUUGUAGAAAACGAAAUUCUGUUGGUGUCUAAAUAAGGAUUUUGCAAAUGAACUUUAACUGAAAACAAAAGAUUUCAUUGUGCAGAAAAAAAAAGCGUCACAGAGAAUAUUUUCAACACUUUAGCAAAGCUCGGGGUAUCCAAAAGUGUAUAAGAGAAAAUCCUAUAUGUUUUGAUAUAAAAAUCUUUACUUUUGAGGUUGUUGCUUAAUCAUGAGGCAUCGCAGUAAAAUUCUCCAGCUUUUGG